AUGGAUAUCGACAAUACCGAUACCGAUUAUAAGAUUUUGGACGUUCAAACAAUUAUCAAUAUGUCAUCUCGAGGGCGUGGAUACGGUGGUAGAGGCAGUUACAAUGGCAGAGGUAGUAGUUAUAGAGGGUCCUAUCGUGGAAGUAGUAGUCGUGGCAACUAUGAAGGAGGACGCGGUGGCAGAGGCGGAGGAUACUCAUCUUACAACAACGACUCCCGAUAUAACAGCAGCAGCGCCAAUAGAUAUGUCUCAAGUCGUGAUAGGAUAGAUGAUUCUUAUAAAAAACCGUAUCGAUCAGAAAGUUCUACUAGUUAUUCAAAUCGUGACUAUGGUGGUAGAUCAGGCUCACCAGAUCGCAAAAGGAUAAGGAUGGAGGGCUCCUCGAGCGAUAGACGUAGUCACGAUGGGGGUCACUAUGGCGGGUCGUAUGGACGCCAGGAGGGUUACGGCGGCGAGCGGCGCUCGUUCGGCGAGGAUAGAAGGCGGUCGCCGGCCCGAGAGAGCUACCGCAAAGCGAGCGGCAUGGGCCCGCCGCGCGAGCCGCCGCGCUCCGCCGUGCGCCCGCGCGCGCCGCGCCGCUCCUUCCGCGGACGCACGCUGCGCUCGCGCGCCUCCUACCGAGGAGCCCCGCGCUCUCGUGGCUCCUUCACUUCUAGACGAUUCGCUGAUCGAUCGCUGGGAUACACCCGAGCAUUUAGAAGUGUCAAGGGCCGAAGCUCAGUAAAGUCAAAAGAAGAAGAGGCAUCCUCUACAGAAGAAGAUUGGGAAGCUGAUGAGAAAGAAGAAACUGUAGAAGACAAGAAGGAAGUUAAGACAAAAUCACCAAAAGCCGACCCCGAAGCCUCAGAAGGUGAAGCAGGCGAUGGCGGUGAUGAUACUGACAAGGAACCCGACGCCGCUUCUGAUGCAGCUCCGUCGCAGACGUACGUCCAUCUCUCCUGUGUGCACUGUAAAGAAAAAUGUGCCACAUUUUCUGGUUACGCGAAGCACCUGUUGUCAAGCAAACACCGCGCCGCGAUGAGCGCGGUGGCGCGCCGCCACAAGGCACAGCUGCUGCGCAUGCGCGUGGCGCAGCGCGGCGCCCAGCGCGAGCUGGAGGCAGCGGCCGGCGCCGAGCUGGCGGCACGCACCACCUUCUGCCUGGUGUGCCGCCUCAACCACCGCACCACGCGCCACGCGCACAAUCUCACCGACACGCACCGCGCCAUGAAGCGCUUCCUCAUGCCCUUCUGCCGCAUCUGCCGCACCACUUUCCGCUCACCCAUGAUCUACGAACAUCAUAUUAGCUCCAUUGAACAUCUAAAGAAAAAAGCAAGUCAAACAACACGGCGUUCAAGCCCAAAAGCUGAAGCCAGUGGUGAUGAGGGCAUGGAUGUGGAUUUAGAUAACUUUAUGACUUUGGAUUCUGUGGGUGAUGUAGAUGAAGUUGAAGAUGAUGAUUCAGGUGGUGAGAAAAAAGAGGAUUCCAGCCCAAAAAAAGCAAAAGUGGAAAUUAAUAUUGGAAGUGAACAUAUCAAAAAGAUGGAGGUGUGGUGGUGCGAGCUGUGCCGCGUGUAUCUGCCGCGCGCGGAGGCCGGCAGCACGGAGGAAUCGGAGGCGCUGCGCCGCCACUGCCGCCUGCGCAUCCACCUCGGCCGCUACGUGCAGCACCGCGACACGCGCACGCUGCGCCGCCACGCCGAGCGCAUCCACCGCCAGUUGCACCAGCAAAAAGAAGAUGAAAAAGAAGCAACUAAUGAGGACAACACUGAGAAAGCCAAGGUAGAAAAAAAUGAAACAGCAUCUGAAAAGAAAUGUAUAGAAAAUGGAGCUGAUGUCGCAAAUGCUUCUGGCAGUGAAGAUAAAUUGUGGGCAGACGUUGAUAAAGACAUCGGAGAAUUACUUCGAGAAGUAGAUCCUCAAGGCAAUGAAGCUAGUGAUGAUGAAGAAGACCUUGGAAGGUAUGAUAAAUUUCGUAAGAGUGACAAGAAAUCUAAACCAGGUGACGAUGAAGAAGCUAAUCCAAAGACAGAAGAGGACAACAAUGAAAAACCGAAGGUUGAUGACAAAGCUUCUACA